UACUCUCUUCAACAAUGUAAAGGGUGUGUCAACUUUCUGACUAGGCUAGAUCACCAGCAGACCAAGUUUGAUUCCUGUCGCUGGGCUUGUAGUGACAGCAAGAUGUCAUUGACACCUGAGCUGCUGGCUGAGUACAAGGGUGUGUUUGAAAUGUUCGAUGAAGAAGGCAAUGGCUUAGUGAAAACAGAUGAUGUGGCUAAACUCAUGAGUCUGCUGGGCAUUAACUUAACCAAACGUGAUUUGGCACAAAUGGUCAAGGACGUGGAUAAAGAAGGGAAAGGAACAUUUAACUGUGACAACUUCCUGGCCCUGAUGGGAGAUUAUCAUGAAAAAUCAAAGAAUCAAGAUAAAGAACUGAAGGAAGCCUUUCUGGUGUUUGACCCAGACAGAAAGGGUUACAUUGAAUGGAACACAUUAAAAUAUGUCCUGAUGAAUGCAGGGGAGCCUCUCAAUGAAGACGAGGCCGAGCACAUGAUGAAAGAAGCCGAUAAAGACGGAGAUGGGACAAUUGAUUAUCAAGAAUUUGUUGACAUGAUUACUGGUGAAUCCUUCAAACUCAUCAAGUAAAUAUAUCAGAAGGAAGAUUUCUACAUGAAUCACUUGUGUCACCUCCGGCAGAUAAUUGCACAAUGGUCAACAGUUACAUCGAGACUACUUACGUGAUGACAAAUCGUUUUUUUUUACCAAUGAGACCUUGUCUUGUUCUGUGCCACACUGGUGCCAUUACAGUUUUAUAAGUCAAGAAGAGCAGUCCAGAAAUAUUCUGCUAAUGGUUUCCUUUGUAUCCAACUGUCUCUGUUUGGGCUUUGAUUGUCCAGUAUUGGGAACUGUAUAGAAUCUUCCACGUGUCUAACAUUAAAGAAAAGGCUCCAACAAGGA